AAAGAAUCAGCCCCACCGGCUAAUUCAUCUUAAACCACCGGUCGACUAAUUCUUCCUCUGUAACCACGAAAAACCGCGGACUGAUCUUUGCUGCUUGCUCUACUUUCUGAAUCGAAUUUGCUCACCAUAGAGUCUACUUUUGAAUCAACUCUCUACGCUUAGUACCGGUUAGGGCUACUACUGCUGCUUCUGCUUCCUUUCUUCUAUGGUUUAGGUAAAAGUAACCAUGGCGUCAAGUGCAUUAAAAGAGCAACAGCGAGAUCUAGAGAACAAAGCCAAUGAUUUAAGCAAGCUACAAAAAGAUAUAGCAAAGAAUCAUCAAGUCAGAAAGAAGUAUACCAUCCAGCUCGGCGAAAAUGAGCUCGUCUUGAAGGAGUUGGAUUUGCUGCAAGAGGAUGCAAAUGUGUACAAACUGAUAGGACCAGUUCUAGUGAAGCAGGAUUUGGCUGAAGCAAAUGCCAAUGUUCGCAAGCGUAUAGAAUAUAUAUCUGCUGAAUUGAAACGUCUGGAUGCAGCUCUUCAGGAUCUGGAGGAAAAGCAAACUAGCAAGAAAGAUGCGAUUUACAAGUUACAACAAAGAAUCCAAUCUCUACAGGCUGGGAAAGCCAAGGCCUAAUGUUGUAGGUUUGUACUGAGUACUUCCGUUCGAUGUAAUGAACUUGCUACUAAUUCCAGUUGAACCUCAGCAGGUUCUGAUUGUUUUGGAGGAAAAAUCAUAUAUAAUUUGUUUUUCGGGCUGAAUCCAUCAUUGGUUGUUUACCAAGAAGUUAGUGGCUCUUUUUGUCUGGCACCAACUUUUGCAGGAGAUUUGAGCAUAAUUUUGAAUGAAAUGUGUGGAUUAUGUUUUA